AUGCAAGACAACCACCCCACGAGUGCCUCACCUCGCGCCUUCCCCUUUCCACGGUCCACCCCCUCUCAGGUGGUCCAUGCCACGUGGCGGAAGCACAGGCCUCCACGUGGCAGCAAGACAGACCCUUUCCUGUACACGGGCCUGAUGGGAACCGCCUUCGUGUGCCUGCGUGCCUUCCACGUCACUCGCAGCAGUGCUGACCUGGACCUCGCUGCUGACAUCACUCGAGCUGCUGCUGAGCUGGCAGAGCGUCAGCACCGCGUCUACUAUUCUUUCUUUUGCGGGCAGCCCGGAAUAUUUGCCCUGGGGGCGGUCGUGGCCCACCUGCAGCGCCGGCAGCACGACCGCGAGAAGUUUCUGCGAAGGUUCCUCGACCUCGUCACUGACGCACUUCCUGCGCUCUCCCAGCGCCCCUCCUCGACCAAUGACAUCGCGCCAGCUGGCAUUUCCUACGAGCUGCUGUACGGGCGGGCGGGCGUGCUGUGGGCGGCACUGUUCAUUCGGCAGCAUCUGGGGCGGGCUGCUGUUCCUGAUUCUGUUUGCCGCCCAAUCAUGGAAUCAAUCAUUGCUGGAGGCCAGUUCUUUGCACACGCAUGGGCGGCAGCAGGUGGGGCGGACAGGUUGGUGCAGUGGUGCCACGGCGCUCCUGGUGUGGCCAUGGCGCUUGCCCACGCUGCUACGUCACACCCGAGCAAGCAUCACCUGCUGCCAGCAGCGGUGGCAGCGGGCGAGGUGGUAUGGCAGCGCGGGCUGCUGCGCAAGAUGGGGCUGUGCCACGGCAUUGCUGGUAACGCCUAUGCGUUCCUCUCCCUCCACCGUGCCGCCUCCGCUGUCAGGGCCACCAGCAACAGGGAAACUGACAGCCUGCAGGAAAGCACCACUCCCGCCCCGCCUCCUCCCUCCACCCACCUGCACAGAGCGCGUGCGUUUGCUGCCUUCCUCCUGGCCCACCGCCAGCGCCUCGCAGAUGCCGCCCUGCUGCACUGCGGUGACCGCCCCUUCUCCCUCAUGGAGGGCCUGGGCGGCGUCGCUUGGGCCUUGGCAGGGGCAUUGGCAGGGGCAUUGGCAGGGGCAUUGGCAGGGGCAUUGGCAGGGGCAUUGGCAGGGGCAUUGGCAGGGGCAUAG